AAUAUUUUCAAAUCUAUAUAGUCCACAAAUUAUUUAUUAUAGUAAUUAUUUCGAAAAUGUAUAUGUAUCAAAAAUUGCUUCUAUUAAAAUGGACCAUACUAAUCGAUAUUUUCAAAAGCGGAGAAAUGCGGAUGGUUCAAUCUUUAAUAUUAAUUUUCAUAUUUUACAAACAACAAUUAUUAUAAUUCAACGACAAUCAAAAAUUCUUAAAUAAUUUUUUUAUAAAUUUUUAUUUAUAAUAUAUUUUCACAUAUUUAAAAUAUAAUAUCUAUUGAUUGAUUAUAGUGAUUUUUCGAUAGUGAGGUUAAAUAAAAAUGUAAUGAUUAAAAAAUUAUUAAUUCAAUGAUAAAUGAGACAAAAAACAAAAAAAAUGAUAGAUUCUUUAAACUUUAUGAUAAUUAAUCAUGAUAUAACAAAAAUUCGACGGAGUACUUAAAAAUUAAGAAAGUAUAACACAAUGAAAUCUGUGUAUAAAUUGUUUUUUCUGUGCCUUAUCUUUAUUGCACUCAUCAUAUUACUUAAUUUAACAAAUUUCUCCAAUAAAAUUUAUGAUGCACGUAUUAAAGAAACAGUUGUUUCUACUACUGUUAAAAAAUUUCAAGCAUCUUCUGUAACAAAAGUCACAAUUUGUGUAGUGGUUUGUGGAGAUAGAAUAGAUGAAGCAUUGACUAUGCUCAAAUCUGCCUUAGUUUUUACACAUAGAUUUUUACAAUUCAUUAUUCUGGCAGAAACCAACUUAAUUCCUGUUUUUAAUGAGAAGUUAGCAGAAUGGAAACUUUUAUCAAACAAAACUUUUGAUUUUAUUGUUAAAUCUAUUACAUUCCCUAAGGGUAGUGAUGCUGCAAUGUGGAAAAAACUUUUCAAGCCUUGUGCAGCUCAACGAUUAUUUCUUCCAUCAGUAUUAAAUAAUAUAGAUGCAGUUCUCUAUGUGGAUACAGACACAUUAUUUUUGGCUCCACCAGAAAAAAUUUGGGAUGAAUUCAAAAAAAUGAAUUCCAGUCAAUUAGCAGCUCUAAGUCCAGAACAUGAAGAUCCUAAUACAGGAUGGUAUAAUAGAUUUGCUAAACAUCCUUAUUAUGGGAAGUUAGGUGUGAAUUCUGGAGUAAUGUUGAUGAAUCUCACAAGAAUGAGAGAAUUUAGAUGGAUAGAAUAUGUGAUACCCAUUCAUAAGCAAUAUAAAUUGAAGAUAACUUGGGGAGACCAAGAUAUAAUAAACAUUAUAUUCCAUUAUCAUCCUGAAAAACUAUAUGUCUAUUCUUGUAGAUAUAAUUACAGACCUGAUCAUUGUAUGUACAUGCCUGUUUGUAUAAAGGCAGAAAAAGAAGGUGCUUUGGUUUUACAUGGUUCCAGAAGUACUUUUCAUUCUGAAAAACAGCCUCCUUUCAAAGCAAUUUACAGAGCCAUGCAAGAAUAUCAAUUAGGUACAGAUACCUAUGAUUAUUUAUUAGUGCCAAUGAGAAAUUAUUUAGCUUUGGAGCAUAAGUCUAACUGUGGUAAAGUGUGGAAAGCAUUUAUUAUUCAGCCUGAAUUGCACUUAGGACAAUAAUAAUAUUUAAAUGUUUUUUUAACAUAUAAAAAAUAAUCAAUAGAUCAAUCUUUUGAUCAAUCAUUAAAAUAAUUCAUGUUUGAUACACAAUAUAAACAAUUUUAUGCAUAUUAUCCAUACUACACAAAGUGAAUAUGUUCCAUAAUAUAUUCUGAUUUUAUUGACAAAUGUGCUGUGAUUAUUACUGUUUAAUGUAAAAAGAAAAAAUCAUGUUAUUAGCUAACAUUGUUUUGAUAAUACUCUUUGAACAUAGCUUUAGAUAACAUUUAAAAAAUUUUUUUGUACAUUUAAAAUUCGAUAGAUUACUUUUAUAGUAUUAAGCAAAAGAUAUAUUCAUAAACUAUUUAAAAAAUUUUUUACAAAUGUAUUGUCACGUUUUUUUAUAUCUAACUAUAACUGUAAUUAUUUUGUUAUUUUGAAAUACAUAUAUAUAUAUAUAUAUAUAUAUAUAUAUAUAUAUAUAUAUAUAUAUAUAUGUUUUUGUGAUACUUUUCUUAUAUGAAAUAAAAAAAAAACCAUUCGAAUUUAAAAUACUGUUACUGUUUUUCCUAUUGAAUGAAUUAUAAUAAUAUAAUAUAUAAUAAUAAUGUGCUAUAGUAAUUUGUCUUUACUUGAAAGAGAGGGGGAGUUAUUAUAUCGAAGAUUCUGAAUAAGGGAACCAUAGUACGUUGGUACGUUCCUGUGAGUCAUGAUCAUUCGUGCGAAAUUGUGUUACCAAAUAUUCCAAUAUUUUCUCUUGAAAAUCCUAUCAUAAUUAAAUAAUUUAACUUACUUGGAAGAUCCCAAUGAGAGACCAACCACAAAAAACUUUAACUAAAAAAGAAAAGAAAUGAAAUCCACAAUUCACGAUCCACAAUGAAACACAACGAUCGCGUGGCCAGUGAAUUACUGUUCUGAUAACGAUCAAACGGAUGGUAAUAAAAGCGAUAAAAACGAAAUCCAUUAGUACAAAUUUAAUUAAAAAAUACUAUUUGUCAGAUAUGAAAGACGUUUUUUUUUUAUGUUAAUUUGCAU